AUGCAGUCAGACCUGGUCACCAGGUCUGACACCAGUGGUGUCGGGCGGCGCCUGGCGGUUGAUUGCCUGGCGCGGCGGCCGCCUGCUCUCGUCGAGGUCGAGCUGCGGGCCGUCGGACGUCGCGGUGGCGAUCGUCCGGGGGGCCGCUCCGCCAUGGUCAGUGGGCUGCGGCCCGUGCGGGCGCGCCAUGUGCUUCGUAGUGCCCCGGAAGUGAUUGACGAGCUCGUGUGUCGAGCGAGGGUGGCCUGCAACGCAACUUGCGUCGCACCCACCGACUGCACGGGGCGCGGCGAAGGCGCAACCGCUGCGCUCUCCAGGGCCUGGGUCCCUCGGGCCUGGUGUGCGUCGCCAGGUGCAGUUCGUGAGCCUGAUUCAAAUGAUUCAGACUCUACCUCGGCGCUGGGGCUGAUCAGAGAUGUUGCGCUGGCCGCAACACGCGCUGCUGGACGGAGGAGAGACUGGGGUCCUCUGCUGCCGAACAGCUCGGGAUUUGCCCCACCAGGACGUUUCCGCGCGCUCCGAAGCCAUCACGACUGUCCUCCAGAUCGAUAUCAUGUCGGAGGGGCAAGAUUCACGCGUGUUCGUCAGCUUCAUUCGUCGUGCGGAAGCCAUACCUCGCGCACCGCUGCACAGCCGCGGUCCCUGCGCGAAGAAAUCCUCAACGUCCCGAACGCGAUCUCGGUAGCCCGGCUCCUCUCCUCGCCGCUCAUCUUCAGCCUGAUCGUCCAAGAGCGCUGGGACGUGGCGUUGCCGGCACUCGCGCUCUCCGGGGCGAGCGACUGGGCCGACGGCUUCGCGGCGCGGAAGCUGAAUCAGGAAUCCGUGCUCGGCACCUACCUCGAUCCCGUCGCGGACAAAGCCCUCGUCGGCGCCACCGUCGCCGCCCUGUACGCCCAGGGCUCCCUCCCGCUGCCCACCGUCGGCAUCAUCCUCUUCAGGGAUGUGUAUCUCAUUGGCGGGAGUCUUCUGGCCCGCGCCAAGCACCUGCAGGGGCACCGUCUCACUCCGAGGACGUUCUUCCAGCUCGCGCCGGGGCCCUCGCACGGCCAGGCGUCCGCUCCGGCGAUCGAGCCGGUGCGUCCAACCCUCCUGAGCAAGGCAAACACGUGCUUGCAGUUGGCGCUGGCCGGCGCUGCGAUCACGGGACAGGCGUACGGGGUGCCGCCGGCGGAGGCGAUCGGUGCGCUGCAGGUCGCGACCGUCGCGACGACCGUGGGGUCGCUGGCGCAGUACCACCGACGUUUUGCCCGCGUGUGGGGGCGCCCGCUGGGCUAG